UUUUAUUUUAAAGUUCAUACUACCUCUUCCUCAAAAAAAAAAUUUUAAAAAAAUUAUACAUAGUACUCUGUAUUAGAUUGAUUCGGGGUAUUUCAAAAAAAAAAAAAUUGAUUCGGAUCAGCCUAAUUGGAUAUUUUGCUGCCCACCCUACAGCCUCACUGGGUCUAACCGGGGUUAUUUUAACACUUUUUUUUUACACUUACUACCAAAAUAAAAAAAAAAAAAAAAAAUCUUAACAGUUGUUCAUUUGUUCAUAUAAUGAGCAGCAAAAAUAAUACAGAUGUCUUCAAACUUGAGUCAACUAAAACCAAGCUAGUCAAAAUCAAGCUUCCAUGAAACUGAAAUUCUGAAUUCUCUUACACUUAUGAAGAUAAAAUUUAUUUCCAAUGAUUGAUUAUCUUAGUGUCAUAGCCUCAGUGCUGCUGGUGAUGAUUGUAGCCCGUUUGCUAAUAAGGGAACGGGUGGACUGGAAAAGGAUUACAAAUGGGAUGAAGCCAUUUACGGAUGAAUUGAAUUUCAUUUACAAUGUACCAGGGUGGAUUCUCUUCUACUAUAAUCUCAAUGCCAGUAUGCAAACACUUGAAGAAAAAAGGGACCGGUUGCAGGAAAGAUUGAGUGAUCAGAAAAUGUGGAUUGAAGACCAAGAGUUUCAGACAGGUAGGCGGAGAACCAGAGAAGCUGAUGAUUGGUUAGCUUCUGCAGGAAUCAAAUGCGCCGAGGUACAGAAGUUACUGCAAGAAAUGAAAAGAGAAACUUGUCAUUUGAAAUUUCUAUAUGAAGUAUGGUCAGAAAAUCUUGUCAAGAGAUUGAUUCAAGAGAUGGAUGAUCUUCACAGUUCAGGAGUAUUUGAAGAGGCACUAUCUCCUGUUAGAGAAAGAGCAGAAUUUGUGACUACACAAUUGGUGGGUGAUGCUGCAAAAGAGAAUAUCAAGAAAAUUAUGACAUUGUUACAAAAUGGAGUUACUAAUAUUGGGGUGUAUGGAAUUGAAGGAGUAGGAAAAACUGCAGUUAUGAUGAACAUUUAUAAUCAGCUUUUAAGGUCUUAUGAUCAUGUUUACUUCAUUGAAGUGCCUAAGGAUCAUAGGGAAUGUACUCUGCAGGGUGCUAUUGCGAAAGUUCUAGGAAUUGACUUGCAGGAAAAAGACGUGCCAAAAAGGGCAGCUUUGUUGCUGGGAGCAUUGCGACAAAGAAAUUUUGUUUUGAUAUUAGAUGAUUUGAGGGAACCUCUCUCAGAGGAUAAGAUAGGGAUUCCGCUUGGUGUUGGGAUAGGGAGAAUGAUUAUCACUUCACGAUCUCUUGAUGUGUGUCGAAGAUCUGGGUGCCAGGAGGUAGUACAAAUGGGUCUGCUUUCAUAUGAUGAUGGUUUGAAUCUAUUUAAGCAGGUUCAACAAGCAUUCAAGCUAAAGCCUCCAAUAGAAAAUGUAGCACAAAGAAUUGUUGAGCAAUGUAGGGGUUUGCCUCUUAAGAUUGUCGACAAGGCAACAGAUCUAAGAGGGGAGGCUGACAUUAGCAUCUGGGAAAAUAAUCUCAAAGAGAUGUUAAAAGGAAGAAAUGAAGGCGAACCACCUACCACGACCAGAAGGAAGUGAAAUCAGAAGGGCAGCUGCCAAGCAUACAGUUCAAUGAAAGAAUUUGUUCUUAUUUUAGACGGAUUACCCAAAGACUUUGCUCUCGAGGAUGUAAGCAUCCCUUUGGAAGGAAACAAAGGGAAAUUAAUAAUGACUUCUCAAUGUUUGUAAAAGAAUGUUGUGUCAAGAAACUGUUGUGUUGGAACCCCUGUCUCAAGAGGACUCAGAGAAUUUGUUCAUGGAGAAACUAGCAGCAGAUAUUCCUAUUUCUGAAGACAUUAGGAAUGUUGCUCGCGAUAUAAUUCAGGAAUGUAAUGGCAUACCAUCGAAAAUCAUCGGUAUGGCUGUCCGACUAAGAGGAGCUCCUGAUGUAAAUGAGUGGCUGGACACAUCGUCUGAUAUGUGAAUUCACUCUUGACAAUGUAGAUGAAUAAUGGAAUGUAAUUGAUACAUAAUUGUAUUGUAAGUCUAAGAGGAUUCAUUUUGAUGAGUAACAUUUAUUAUUUUAAUAAAAUCAGAGCUAAAUCAUCUAG